AACGGUUGCUUGUUAAUUGCAUCGGAGUUACAUACAUUUGUUGAUAAACGUAGGUGUGUCAGCUCCAGUCAGCCUGCUUGUUUGAACUCAGUGAGCUUCGUCGGGUGUGCAGCCAGCAGCCUACACCCUACACCCUACACCAUGUCGUACGCCGCAGAACGAGUGCUCUCUUACCUCUACCCCUUUAUCAUCAUCACAUCAGUGACAUGCUGCAUUACGUCGGCGGUGGCAUGGACCCAUUGGCGUUACGUGCUCAAUGCCUGUCCUGACACCAAUUGCGGAUGCUAUCUGCAUGGACGCACAACAUACAACAGCUUCGAGGGAGGCAACAUAGGUUACUGCCAUUAUGCCACAUACGGACUACUCUUUCCUCUCGUCUUUGCGGUGGUGCUGGGCGUCUACCAUGGCUAUCGCAUGUGCAUUGGCAAGGGCAAGCCCAAGGCGGGCACCACAACGAUCAGACAGCGCUCUGGCGAUAUGGUAGUGGUGACCACGGAGUCUGAACUGACACCGGAUGGACUCUCGCCUUAUUACUGGCUACCUGCUACCGUUAUCUCGGUCAUUAUGGCGAUAUAUACUCUUGUUUAUGCAUCUGUAUUCACUGAUGGCUUCGAGGUUACCUGCAAGCAAUAUCGCGAAUCCUUACUUAAGGAAAUCCAAGGAGUGGGCAACAUUGUUCCUGUCAUUAAGGGCCGUUUGUCCUGCGCCGCAAUUUUCGAUUUCAUGGACUAUUUGGUCGAGAGUAUCUCAUACGAACGCCGAAGAUAUGGACGAAUCAAUAGUGCUGCGUGCAUGUACUUUACGCUGGUUAUGUCCUGGUUCACCGUAUUUGCCUGGAUUGCCCUUUGCGUCGUGAAUAUUGUUCAUUUGCGGCGCACACGCUCCUCUAGAGUUUAAAUAUUGCAAGAUAAUGUCAUAAUAUAACUUCCUUAUUUUUAACUGUAAACACUCACCGCGACUUAUUUAAUAGCUUACACCAUUCCAUGUACACACGUCUGCGGUAAGUGCAGCCAUUUAUUGUACAAAUAAUUAUAUGCAUGAACAACGAUUAUUCGCAAUUAAAAUGGAGAUUCUUACAAA